ACCAUCCCUCCUGUCCUUUGCCUCCUGCAAGAGCUCAUUUGACGUAAAUUAGUAUCAUGUCAUCCGAUAUCAACUAUGCACACGCAGAGGGCAUAUACUCUGUCGCCGGCGCGGUGAUAUUAACCGUCGUCUACGCUCCUCUUCUCGCAUUCUACUUGUUCAGGAGCGUCACACGGCCGACCUAUGUGCAUUUUGUGCUGGCGCUCUUCUGUCUCGUCAGGGUCGUCGCGUUCGCUCUCCGAGCUGCGCUCGCAGGCAACAGCGCAGCCGCUCACAAUGAGAACGUUCUCAUCGCCGAAGAGAUCAUAUACCAAGUCUCGUUCUUUGGUGUUCUCUACUCGGCAUACACCCUGGUCCUCGACCGAGAAGCCCUCGUGGACAUCGCCGCCGUCCUGCGCUACUUCCCUUCUCCCUUGAUGGUGGUUUACAGAAUCAUGCGCAUGAGGCACUUGAUUCGCAUCGCGCUCAUCGCAGCCAUCGCUCUCGGCAUCGCUGGCACCAACGACAUGAUCAGCGCAAAGACACAGUCCGCGUACAACACCGCUAUUUCGCUGCGCAGCGCUAGCGUGUACAUCUUCCUCGCCGUCACCUGCCUUCUCGUCCUCAACUCUAUGCUCCUGGCGGCCGUCACUAUCAAAACAUACGCGAAGCAGCCGCCCACCCAGGAACAACGCGGGCUCAGCAAGCUCGGGGCGACAUAUGGCAUUUUCUUCCUGCUCGCUAUCGCCGCCAUGCUGUUCACGCGCGAAGCGUUCUACGCGGCAACCGAGCACCACACGUCAGAGCAAAUUAACGAAAAACUCUGGUACCCGCUCUCUGCACUCACCGAGCUCAUCGCGGUGAUGCUCUUUGCUGUCCCGGGCCUUGUCCCUUCGCGCAAAGAACUGCCGAAGGAGGAGACGUCGGAGUUGAACCUCCUUCGAGGUGCGGUAUAGGCGAUGCGCACCCGGAUGGGACUCUUCGAUUCGUUGUCUUAUGCUCCUUCUGUGAUAGUCCAUGAGUAGAAUACGAUACCCGCCUGAGUCUGUGUGGUUCGGAACUUGAUAAUUGCCCAGCUUCGUUUGGUGCCGCUGGCGCCCGGUACGGAUAACUCAUGUUCAUCAUGGAAGCCCGAACGGUUGUGCUGAAUUUACAUCCAUGA